AUGAACCAGGACGCCCUUGCUGAGGUCGAUGACUUCACUUUCCUGCCGGGCACCGUGAGCCUGGUAGAGGAGGUAGACCACAGGAUCCUUGUCGUGCUCCAGGAUGGACGCAAACUGCUGGGCGUGUUGCGCUCUUUUGAUCAAUACGCCAAUCUUGUACUGGAGCAGACCAUAGAGCGCAUUUAUGUGGGCGAGCAGUAUGCCGAAAAGAAUCUUGGGCUCUUCCUCGUGCGGGGCGACAACAUCGUGCUUCUUGGACCCAUCGAUGAGAGUAGAGAGGAGCUGUGCGUGAAGGGCCUCACCAAAGUGACGUUGCCUGAGAUCGAGGCGGCGCGAAAAGCAGAGAGGGAGGCAAAGAGGGCACAGUGGGAGCUCAAGCAGAAAAUGAAUCAGGACCCCUGGUCUUAA